AUGGAUGGCUCAUAUUUACUUGAGGGUACCGUAAAAGAGCCAGACGGCCUCCUCGUGAAGAUCAUCUCGCGCGUGCCAUACAAGUCCACCUGCUGCUGCAAGUGCGUCUCCACGCGCUGGCGCGACCUCUUCUCCCACCCGGACCACCGCAAGAAGAUGCCGCAGUCCCUCGCCGGCUUCUUUUAUGAAGGUUAUAACAGAAAUCGCUUUCCCAAGGAGGCUCGCUAUUUCACCAACGUGUCAGGGGAAGGUGACCCUCUCAUCGACCCGUCACUCUCCUUCCUGGCCAAAUGCGAGAGCCUUGCCAUUCUGGAUUGCUGCAAUGGCCUCCUCCUCUGCCGCUGCGGGAAGGCGACUGAUCCCAAUACAAUGGAUUAUGUGGUGUGCAAUCCCGCCACUGAGAAAUGGGUGGUUGUGCCCGCCACUGACUGGUCCUGUAAGGUGAGUGUUGCUCGCCUGGGAUUCGAGCCGGCCGUCUCCUCGCACUUCCAUGUAUUCGAGUUUAUAGAUCAGAAGACCUGGGGUAUAGAUGACGGCAAGCUAAAUAACCACUGA